CGGACUUCUGUGAUCGUUCUAUGCUCGUCAGAUUUGGCAGACGAUGCUCUUCAACAUAUCAUGUAAGAUGGCUACAGUAAGGGUGUUUUGUGCCGGAUUCGUGUUGUGCCAAGUAGCGAUAACCUUCGCUAUUUAUCUGUAUGUGUUUAUGGGCAGUAAUGACGGCCAGCAUAUAUACGGCAGCACGUCGAUCGUCGCAAGCGGUCUGUCGACGGGUGUCAGUGGUGCGAUAACCGGGAAAGUGCGUCGCAAUCACACCAUUGGGGCCCCUCUCAUUGAUUUUAUUGUACAAGAAGCAGAUACUCCGCACCAUGGCAACGUCUCAAAUAAUAUAGACUUAUUUAAAGGAACGUUACAAGAAGAUCCGUGGGGUUAUGUAUCUGUUGAACGAAACAAGACACUCGAUUUCCACUGCAACGCAUGCGCAGUUAUCACAGCAUCGGGUCAUUUACUUGGGAAGGCCGCCGGGGCUGAGAUCGACUCAUUCCAGUGCGUGAUCAGAAUGAAUGACCAUCCAACGGAAAAGUUCUCCGCGGAUGUCGGUAAAAAGACUACCGCCAGGAUCAUCUCCCACGCUUCAAUCAAGAAUCAAAUCAGGGCACAGAGUAACAAUCUUUUCCAGGGUGUUUCGAAACCGAAUUUUAACAUAUUUUGGGGGAAAGGUCCUGCUUUACACAUAGACAUCAUCAGAAAACUACAAUCGACUUACCCAUUAGUGAAGAUGUAUGUCACGAAUGUAACUCAGUAUGAGUUCGGUGAAAAUGUGUUUCGAAGAGAAACUGGGCUUGACAG